CCGGAAACCAAGAAGUAGGAAAUGUGUAUACGGACGGGAAAAAUUUUUACUGGGUGGAGGCAGCAAGAAUUGGUGUCUCGUUUGCUUACACGUGUUCCAGAGGAAUCUCAUAACUCUUUGUUGGAGGCUUCCAAGUCAUUUGCAGAGGGAAGAACUUCACUCGACAUUUAUGUCUCCUAUUUGAAGGCUACUGUUGGACUUAGUGCUCUCAUAGAAUCUGUAGGCAUUGGUAAGGGGAAAGAGGAUCUCACAAGCCUUUCCAUGGAGCCUGUGAAGAUUAAUCAAGUGUUUCCUGUUUGUCCCAAAAUGCCUUGUGGCAAAGCUUGCUCCUCACUCACAUCCAGUGACAUAAUCAAGUUUUUAACUGGAGGCUUCCGAUUAAGCAAAGCUCGGUGUAAUGAUAUUUUCUGGGAAGCUGUUUGGCCACGUUUGCUAGCAAGAGGAUGGCACUCUGAGCAACCUAAGAAUCAGGGUUACAUCACUUCCAAAGAUUAUCUGGUUUUUCUUAUGCCUGGAAUUAAGAAGUUCUCAAGAAGGAAACUUGUGAAAGGAGAUCACUACUUUGAUUCAGUUAGUGAUAUUUUGAGCAAAGUGGCAUCUGAACCGAAACUUCUUGAACUUGAAGCUGAAGAAUCUAGAGUCAGCAGCUUCAAUGGAGAAGACCAGUGGGUUGCAGAAGAUUUAUCUGAUCAGGAUGAUCCAUCAAAUCGUCAGCCCCAUUGUUACCUUAAACCUCGUACUUCUAAUUGCAAUUCUGAGCAGAUGAAGUUCAUGGUUGUAGAUUCCAGUUUGGUCCAUGGAGGAAAAUCAUCCAAGGUGAGAGAAUUGAGAUUUUUACCAGUUGAUUUUAAAAAUUCUUCCAAAACGACUAGUCUUUCAAGAGAAAAUAAAGGGUACUUUGAGAAUUUCCUGGAUGAGCAUAAGCUUGGUGCUGCUAAUAUUCCAUUGAAUGUAGAGAAGAAAACAGGUAUUUCUGAGUACAGCAAGGAUAAAUUUGGUGCUGGUAGUCGAAACUGUAUGAAGUUCAUGGUUGUGGAUACCAGUUUACUCCAUGGAGGAAAAUCAUCACAGAUGAGAGCAUUGAGGUCCUGCCCAGUUGAAUCUAAAACUUCCUCUUAUAUGAGCUGUUUGCCUAGAGUAGAUGAAGAGAGUUCCUCUGAUGAUUCAAUGAAUCAGAGUGAGCCAAAUGCUGCUGAAAGACCGUUGAAUUCUGAGCCAGAUGCUUCUAAUUCACUGUUGAAUGGUGAUAAGAUUACCAAUAUCUACAAUGUUGCAUUUGAUGGUGCUAGUUCAAAUGAAAAGGCACUUAACUCAGACACUGCAAAGAAAAUGGAGAUCUGCCAGGAUCAGAAGGCUAAUAAGUCAGAAGAAAAGAUGUCAAAGAGGAUUAUAAAGCACCAUUUCAGUCGAAGAGCAAAAUCUGGUAAUACAAAUAAUUUGGGUCCCCUCAUUAAACGGAGGAGGUUAACAGCUUGUGCAAAGACAGAGACAAUCCGUAUCAUUGAGAACUUCUCAGGUAACCCGGGGUCAAAAAUAGAGCCCUUUUGUGCAUCUAGCUUGCCAGAUGCUGACUACAAUGAUGUUUCUCAAGUGGGUCCUUCGCUAGAGAAGAUAUCAUUGUUGAGUUGUUCUACUGAAGGAGGUCCAGAAGAGGAAAGCAGUGGAGGUAUAUACAAUGGAAGUUGUUUUGGCAAGGAGAUGUCUCAGGUGAAAAAUGAGAACCAACAAAAUCCUUUAUCAAUUGAUCUGAACCACUCUCACAUCCCACUGGACUCUGAAAAUGGUGAACUAGUAAAGAUGGAGGUGGAAGAUGGUCAAGGUACAAAUGCAAAUGGUUUAUUCUUACAUGAGAACGAGCAUAAUCUUGAGGCACAGAAAGCCUCUGUUGAUGUUGAGCCCAGGAGGCAAAGCACUAGAAACCGACCAUUGACUGCUAAAGCAUUGGAAGCCCUCGCUUGUGGGUUCUUGAGCAUUAAUAAGAAAGAGAAAAGCAAAGAAUUUCACAGCCGAGAAAUCCCAUUCUCAACGCCUUCCCGCAGGGCUCGUAGCAGAGUCAAGGGAUCAUCUAAACGCAGUACUUCUGGCACAGGUAUUGCGGAUUUGAAGAAAGAGGAGGAGGUGAAUGAGACUUUUAUUGUUAACAAAGAUAUCACUAGUAAUCCUAUUGACCAAUGUGAAGAGAAGUCUCCAUAUCUUCUAGGAAAUUUCUAAAGCUGCUUAUUAGCUUGAUUAUUCGAUCUUUGAAGAUCAUUGAUCGGGCUUGACACUCAAUCCUGAUAUUUUUGGAGUAAUCUUGGAGCAGCCAUUAUCUUUCUGAAAGUUUUCCUGCCUGUAUUUACUGCUAACCGAGAGAUACUGAUACGGGGCUCUUUCAUCAAUGCUUUCACCAAGUAUGCUACAGAAGACAACCUCCUCUUCAAACAUAUGUAUAUACUAGUUUGCAACAAUCCUCACCAUCCAAACUAGCCACUUGUCACAGUGCCAACAACCAUUUUAGCCAGAGAGUACCAGCGUUGUCUUUUUCUUUUUUCUUUCUCAUGAAAAAAAAAAUUAUAUGAAGCAUCACUUUGCAUUAAAAUUGUGGUGUGUUUAAGUAAGAUGUUAUACAUGUAAUCCAUCUAGAUGUCUCUUAUAUGAUAAUGAAGCAAUCGCCUUGAUUCUGAUUUUGGUGUGGUGUGUGUGAACUUACUAACACAAAACGUAUAUGACAGUCAUUGUCUUUUGUGAGUUCUCCAGAUAGCAGAAGUGCAGAACAAGUGUAAGAUGGC